AUGAGCGGAAUGGAUAUGCUUAACCAGGCGGAGCAGCGCGAGUUGCAGAGUCGCAUGGAGCGAAAGCAGAUGAAGGACUUUAUGAACAUGUACUCCAACCUCGUCCAGCGCUGCUUCAACGACUGCGUAUCCGACUUCACAUCCAAGAGCUUGCAGAGCAAGGAAGAGGGUUGCGUCAUGCGGUGCGUCGACAAGUUCCUCAAGAGCUCCGAGCGACUCGGCGAGCGCUUUCAAGAGCAGAAUGCGCAAAUGGCACAACAGGGCGGCAUGGGCGGUGGACUGAGAUGA